ACGUGGGUUGGUCCUCGCUGAUCUGUACUCCGCAGGUACGUGUCCCGGCUGAGCGUGCUGCUGAUGAGCGUGUACGGCAUCCUGAUGUUGAUCGUGUUGGUGAACCUGCUGAUUGCCAUCAUGAAUGACACGUACGACCGGAUCAAGGAGACGGAGGAGAUCGAGGUGCUGCACAACCGUGCGCGCCUGAUAGUGGAUCUGGAGUCGCUGCUUACAAAGGAGAUGCGUGACAAGCUGCAGGAGCGGCUGCUGGGUGAUUACCUUCACGUGCUGGUGCCUGCCGACAACAAGUUCAACAAGUUCAUGGCCAGCUCCGAAACGGGGGAGGGCGAUUGGAAGGGCCGCAUGCGGGCCUUUUCCGAGGCCAUGAAGCGCGACGUCGAGCCCCGCAUACGCGGGCUUCAGGAGCGUCAGGAGGGCGAAUUCCGUGCCAUUCGCUCCGAACUCGACUACAUCAAGAAGUGGGUGGUGCAACAGAAGCGAGUGAUGGGCGAACUGUCAGAGUCUCCGCCGCCGGAGCGAUCAGACGGGCCGCAGCCCACGCCACGCCCAGGUCGCGCAGGGGGUGGCGCUGCCAACGCAGGGCGGGGGAAGUAGCGUACGGCGCUGUGGAGUGGGGAGAAGGAGGGUGCGGGGUUAGGCGGGGCGGCUGCCGUGCCAUGGCCGCAUGUGUGCGUAUGUGAGCUUUGGCUGGCAGGGAUCGCUCGCUUGUUUGCACGUCGCCGAGAGGCGUGCCUUGUCUUAUUAUGACCCUUGUAUAGAGGACGGUUACAAGUAGCACCGUAACCCGAGCAAGCAUGCAGUCGUUGACCGGUAGGGAGUUUGGCGCGUCGCUGACCUUGUGAUACACGUGACCAGGUGGUAAAAAGGGGAUGCAUGGUGGGGCAUAUGUUUUGGGUUGUUACAGCACAUCUACGUUGUCUGGGAGGGGAAGCAGGUGUGAGCAUGUUAGCUACUUCUGGUGGGGUUAUGCGGUGUAGUUAUGUCUGGUUAAGGUGAUGUACUUGCUUUCUAUACCCGUUGCCAGGCCUCGGAUGCCUGUUGAGUACUGCUGAUGAUGCUGUAUAGAUACCUUCUGGUGCACAUGCGUUGGGAAGAAGGGACUGCCGCAAGUGCGGCCACUGGAAUAAUAAAUACUAGGGGAAUAUUCCUCGUGUUAUGGGUUGGUGGGUCUCGUGAGACAGGGUGCUUAUCUUCUCGUGUGGCGGGUGUGGUGUGAGGCCCCCUUCAGGGCAGCUUCGAGUGGGGCCGGCCGGUAGGAGACUAGGGACACGGCUGUUAGGAUCGGAUAUGUAAAGAGGUAGGACGUAGGAGAGGCGGAAGUGAUGGCCUAGGCAGGCAACGCAUUCACGUCCUACUUGACUUCUCGGACAGGGUCGAUGGUGUGUUGAUGGUGGUAGCAGCGUAUGCAGUGUGUGCCCCAAAAGGCCCUUGACUUCAGGUACAGUACAAUGAGGAGCAAGGCCACCGUACAACGAUUGUUGCGAAGUAGUGUUCUGGCCGGGACAUGCAGCCUUUCCUUGUCGUUUUCCGGGUUGCUCCCGUGUUGACUGGGACGCGGCGAGGAGGGGGCUUUGGUAGGCGGGUGGAACUUCGAUGUUGGUGAUUUGCAUGGUGUCUGCUUUAGGCACUUUUUCGAGCGCACGAGGUGAAGGAAAUGUAUGAACUAGUGAGGAAUGGGCGUCCACUAGUACCGUGCAGCCGCUGCAUGCGUGUGAUGGCCUAUACAGGCUACCGGUAGCUGUCUGUCCGUGAACCAGUUUUUCAGAAGCAUAGCACAUAUCGGCGCAUGCACAUAUCGGCGCAUAGAAGACGGUGUCCCGUGUGUUUCCGGUGGCGCUGGAGGGUGGUGGGCUGCUGCCGGUGGAGCCUGUGAUGGGGCACUUCCCGACGAUAAUCGUCUGGCUCAUUGGAACAUAAAAGCUCUGUGACAGAAGGCCGA